ACUCCCUGCUUCUCUCUCAAAGGCAUUUCUUUUCAUUCAGGUUGAGAAGGUUCACUAACCAUAAAACAGAAAAAAUUUACCUUUUUAGAUAUGCAGGCCACACAACUUUCUAAAGUCUCAUGCCUCCUGCUGCUGUGGUGUGCUCUCCUCAGUAUUUCCUUCUUAGGCAUGGCUUUUUAUGUGAUAAGAGAAGGCAGCAGCUCCAGAAUAGUCAACAAUGGGAUCCAAAAGGUUGAAAAUAAAACUGACUAUAAAAAAGAUAUGUUGAUUGGAAAACUAGAGGGACGCAAUCAUCAAAGUGUGCCUCUGAUUCAUGUGACAAGACGUGACAAAGACCAAUCACAAUCAUUUGCUAAUCAGAUAAAAAUGGAAGGUAACCACAUUAUCAUUCAAAAACCUGGAUAUUAUUAUGUCUACGCACAAACCACCUUUAAACUGAAUAAGACAGGGCAUCAUUUGAUCAUGCAAAUACUAAAGCAAACAAAGAGUUAUAGUAAGUUUGUGGUAGUUAGUAACUCUGAUGAAAAGCUGCAGUUUGACAAGGAUGAUAAUAUCUGGACACUUUCUCAAAACACAAUACUUAAACUUGGAGAGGAAGAUCGCCUGCAAUUUCAUGUGACACCAGAAGACAACAUAUGGUAUAAUAAUAUGCCCUCGAGCUUCUAUGGAGCCUACAAAAUUUCUGAUGAUUUCUGAUGACUUCAGAGGAAGAUAAAGUGUGGUUAUAGCCUCUCAAAAAAGUCACUUUGUCUCUCUGUCUCUGCAGAUUACAGAACUAACAGUUACCAUCAGGGAAAUGUAUUCAUUUAUUUCCACUGUACCUCACAAUAUGUGAAUUUUUUUGUAUGAUUUUCAUUGUCCCUCCAAAGAAGGAAUGACAAUUGACUAGAUAGCAUGUAUUUUUGCAGCUGAUGUGAGCAGAUAUUAUAUUUUUAUUUAUUAUUAUUUUAUGUCAUAAUGUGCACACCUUAAAUCAGACAUACUACAGUAUGACCUCAUUUCUUGUUUGGCUAAACACUUUGGUAGAAGAAAACAAGAACUUCUUAACAUCAGCAAUCACACUACCAACAAAGCUACUUGGAUUUGCGCCUUUAGGUUAACAUUUAUCUGCAGUGCAAGCAUUCUGUUUUAUCUUUACAGCUGGUUAUUUUACUGAAACCUUAGAAAGGCUAAUAAUUUCUGUGGAGAUGAGACAUUUCAUUUGUGCAUGUAUAUAUCUUAAAGUAGUAUAAAUUGUAGGGAAAUGUGCCUUAAAAUUCUUUAAGAUUGAUUAAAGUGUAUUCUAAUUGUAUUAAUUAAAAAUUGAAAAGAGUAAUAUUAUUAAUCAAUAACAAGAAUAGGUUAAUAUUAAUAGAUAGGCUUCCUUAUCCUUAUUUUAAAAAGAAAAAAUAAAUUACAGUAUGUUAUCUUCUAUUCAUCUAUUGUGAUUCCACCCAAAAUAACUCCACACGUGAGAAUCAACUGCUAUUCCAUGUAAGUCGUGCAAUUUCGCUCUGAAUAAGCUUUCUUUUUGUAACAGUUCAUGCAUUUUAAAACAGCAAAAUAUCAACUUAAAUGAAUUAUGUGCUUGAAAUACAUUUGAUACAAAAGUCAGAUCAAUUUAAAACUAAGCUUUACUUUAUGAUUAUUUGAAAUGCAGUGUAGGUGUCAGGAAAUCCUAUAUCCAAUGUGCACCAUGCUGUGGGCCUUUCAUGAUUUUCCUCAACUUAUUAACUUUUUUUACUUGCAUGUGAAUAUAAUAUAAAAAGCAAAUGAGCCCCACAGUAAGAUCGACGUCAAGCUCAACGCAGUGGUCUAGCUAAUAUUCAACCUUAGAAAAGCAAAUUAAGUUAAUUCAUCAUUGUGUUGCAAAAAUGUCAAAGUGUGACAUACCAUACACUAAUUAAGAAAAUGUACUAACAAAAAGCAAGGAUUCUUUGAACGAUUCUAGUUAUUAAAAAGCAAACAUGUUUUAAAUAUAUUUCAGCUAGACAAUUUUUAAAUUAACAACUGAUCAACAUAGUGUUUUCAAUAUGUGGAUAAAAUGUUUGAAUGGCUGCAUUUUCAAACUGUUUUAAUACUUAGAUUGCUUGUGUGUAUUGUCGAUGUAUAUACUUUGCCCAUAAUGGCAGCAGUUCAUUAACAUGAGCAGUGUCGGUAAGAGAAGCUGUGGUAAAUGACGUCUACAGCUUAACUCAACUUAACAGUUCGACUGCUCACUAAGACCGUUCUGUGCAUCAUUCAGUUGUUGGUUUAUAGACUUUAUUCUAAGUUAAUUGCAGUAAAUGCUGCUCUGCAAUUCAUUUUGAAAAUGCUUAUACAUUGGACUGUCAAUCUGCAGUAGGGAUUCAUUUUCUCCUAUCAUAAAAUGUUUUGUUCCUGCCCUAUGUUACCAAUUGGACCGAUAUUCUGCUAAUCAAAUCUUCUAUUAGUAUGAUGUCAAGAGCAUUUUAGCCAACAUUUAUGGAACUAACUAAUAGUGUUCACUUAAAUGGAUUUUGUGUUCAUGUAUGUAAAUGUUUUAAUAA